AUGGCAGGCGGUCAUAUGAAAUACCGCCACCUCAGUCGGUCGUCGUCGCAUCGCCAGGCGCUCCUGCGAAACCUCGUCACAUCGCUCUUCAAGCACGAAACGAUUGCGACAACAUGGCACAAGGCGAAGGAAGCCCAGCGGUUAGCCGAGAAGCUGAUUACCCUGGGAAAGAAGAACACAGAGGCGACACGGCGGAGAGCGACGCAGAUAUUCUACGAACCAAAUGAAAUGGUACCCAAGCUAUUCGGCCCCAUAAGGAAGCGCUACGAAGCAAGACCCGGCGGCUACACUCGAGUUCUCCGCAUUGAGCCCAUGAAAGAAGACCAGGCCGAAUCCGCCAUUCUCGAACUCGUAGACGGACCAAAAGACAUGCGCUUCGCCAUGACCGCAAAAACACUAGCGAGGAGACCAACAAAAUUAGGGUUGAGCCCGGGCAUCACAAUGCACGUCAAGAAGGUCACACAGUUUCGCAAGGAUGGUGUGGAGGGCCUGCGGAAAAUGGUUCAGUCACUGCGGAAACUACAUGCCAAGGGUGUGGAUGAGAGGAUAUUACCUGCGCCUAAGAAGGUAUACCCGGAGACUCAGAUGAAGAGGGAGAUGCACUAUCCCGAGGAGGUUGACAGUGGCAAGUACCCGAACAAGAUUAUGCGAGUCGGAAAGUCAAUGAAAGUGACGUCGAGAGCGAAGCCAAGAGUGAAGCCGAGGGCAAAGGUAGCAGAGGAGAGCAAGAAGCAAGAACACCUGAUCAAAGAGUAGGAUUGUGCCAACAGAUGAAGAAGUGGCUAUCACGAGGCCUCUGUAGUAAAUGUGUAAAUGUACAACAUAUCCAUAUCCAACACUGCAUCAACACGAAUCAAGAGGUUGGCUCUUUACCGCACUACUCACGAUACUCUGCAUGUUUUGCCAGAUUGGAGGGCCAAUCGACAAUUCCUCUCUCACCUGGCUCAAGUGAUUGCUCAUACAUGCGCUCGAGUCAUCAAGGUGACCAAGGUCUCGGAGUUUAGUGUGUGGUAACGAGUAGUGAAGCACUUUCUUAUUUGGUCAAACACCAAGGUGAACACGGUAGUGACUCCAAAAUAAGGCAGAUUAGCAGUCUAUAAGAGGGAACCUAUUUGAGCUUGUCUACUUUCUCCCUCCAUCCACUAUCCACAACCUGUUCGGUAGCCAAUAUGUCGUCAAGCAACCAAGACCAUUGUGAACAG